AGUCCGUGAACGCAGCUCCAUCCACUCGGACCUGCGUCACCAGCUCCGCUCCUUCUUCUUGUAUGUUGUUUAUUUAUUUGUUUGUUUGUGUUUAUUUAUCGGUUCCGGUUCCGCUGCUGCUGCUGCUCGGAGCUCCGGUUUGAAUUGUUCGGAGUCUCUGGUAAAUCGAGUUUCACUUGGAGUUCGUCUGAUGAACGUCUGACUGAAGCAAAGACUCGAUCCUCCACCCGCUCCGUCUGCAGCUGCACCAUGCGUGUAUGAUGACUGAGAGCAGCUGCUAUGGCCUGCAGCAGCCGUGCAGAAACUCUGGAGGGGUUCCAUGAGGUGAACUUGGCCUCGCCCACCACACCUGAUCUUCAGAACCAAGCGGAGCAGCAGCGCCUCGCCGCUCGUCACAGCGCCCCGCCCACCUCCCUGUACCGCACCCACUCUCUAGGAUCCGCCCCUCCUGGGCGCCCCGCCUCCCUGCGAGCUGACCAGCUGCCCACGCAGCCCGUGUACUCCACGCCCCGGCACAGCCACAAUGGAAGCGUGCCAGGCAUGGACCCGGAGUCCGCCGAGGGCAACUUCCUGUCCGGAGAGGAAGGGGAGGAGUGCAGCGCGCUGAGCGACAGUCUGUCACGCCUGAGGAGUCCGUCAGUGAUGGAGGUCAGAGAGAAAGGACAAGAGAGGCUGAAGGAGGAGCUCGCCAAGGCCCAGAGGGAGCUGCUGUUGAAGGAUGAGGAGUGUGAGAGGUUGAUUAAAGUCAGGGACCAGCUCGGCCAGGAGCUGGAGGAGCUCACCGCCAGUCUCUUCCAGGAGGCUCACAAAAUGGUCCGAGAAGCAAACGUGAAACAGGCUCAUGCUGAGAAACAGCUGAAGGAAGCUCUGGGAAAGAUCGACGUGCUCCAGGCGGAGGUCCAGGCCCUGAAGACGUUGGUGCUCUCCUCCCCGACCUCCCCCGUGGGCGAGCUCCCCUCUGGAGUGAGGAGCGGCUUCAGGAAGGGUCACAGCAGGAACAAGAGCACCUCCUCUGCCAUCCUGGGGACGCAGCCCGACCCGUCGGCCACGCAGCCAAUCGUACGCGAGUGUAGAGAGGUGGACAUUCAGCUGUUCGGCGAGUUCAAGGCGUGGAGGGAGGAGCCGACGCUCGACCCCAGCUGCUGCUUCCUGGAGCGAGUUUACCGUGAGGACAUCUUCCCGUGUCUGACCUUCAGCAAGAGCGAGCUGGGUUCGGCCAUCUUAGAGUCGGUGGAGCAGAACACGCUCAGUGUGGAGCCGGUCGGGUUCCAGACGCUGCCUGUGGUCAAAGCCUCGGCGGUGGAGUGUGGAGGACCAAAUGGUCGCAGGGCCGAGCUCGUCACAAAAUGUGCCCUGAGCGGUCAGACCAAAACCUGCAAGCACAGAAUCAAGUUCGGAGACUCGUCCAACUAUUACUACGUCUCUCCCUACUGUAGAUACAGAAUCACAGCAGUUUGUAACUUCUUCACCUACAUUCGUUACAUCCACCAAGGCCUCGUCAAACAGCAGGACGCUGAGCAGAUGUUCUGGGAGGUGAUGCAGCUCCGCAGGGAAAUGUCCUUGGCCAAGCUCGGCUUCUACAAAGAUCAGCUGUGACGGACACCCCGCCCUCCCUGAAGCCCCCCCCCCACCACCACCACCUGAUUCUUCCCCGCUCUCAUCCAACCAUUUCAGGAAACUUCCUCUUCCUCUCCCCCCCCUCCCCUCCCCCCCUGUGUGAGUGUGAAUACCUGUGGUUGUUUUCAAGCAUCACAACAAACAUGACUCCUCCGGAGGUUUGAUUCCCAAACGUCUCGUUUCCUUCAUGAAAACCUGAAACACUCCGUUAUAUAAAGAAACUGAUUACGUUUAAAAAAACAUUUGCUUUUCUCUCACUCUGCUCAGAAAUUAAAUUUUAAAACCCUUCAGUCAGUAAAUGAGUAACACGGCUGCAAUAAAUCUUUUUACAUUCCUCAGUUAAAAGAACAGCGUCCGGUUAACGUGAGCAUUUCUUCACAUCUGAUUCAAGUUGUAAGUUUACAAGAAAAUAUAGAAUGUUAAGAGAAACUAGUAAUGUAGAGUAAUUAUAUAUAUUUAAUGAAAAAUUGGAAAAACCUGCAAUGUUCUGCUGAAACAUUUCUCCCAUAACAAAUUCCCAUCAAACAUUUUUUAAGUUUACUCUUUUUUGAUUUUCAGUUUAACAGAAUUAAAUGUUUACAAAAUUGAUUUGUCCUAAAACCUUUGACUUAAGUUUCCAAUCAAUUCUAAAAUGUAUGUUUUUUCUCAAUAACUUUUUUUCCUUGUAAAAUUACAACUUAGAUUCUUAUUCUUCAUAAAACUUCAUCUGUACAACUUCUUCACCAGUUUUUCUUAUAGUUGUUCCUUUAAAGUCUCAAAGCUCAAAGAGGCCGCGGUGAAAACACUAAAGACAAAAUGACCAAGUUUUAAAAGACGACCAAACAAUCAUUAUUUAAUAAAUUAAAGUCUGUAUAAGCUUUAUUUUAGUUUGCGUGGGAUAUUUUGUUUCUUCCACAGUUGAAGGUUGUACAGUUGCACAGAUAAUCAGAAGAUCACAACAACAAACAUGAUUUAAAAAUAUCAACAUUUUUAUCAUGAUUUCAUUCAGUUUGUUUCAGGAUCGUUGGGUCAAAGGACAAAAACCAAACUGUUAAGACUCAGUGUGACGUCUCCAGACUCGGACCCUUGUGUUUAAUGGUACGUGUAGAUAGUACAACGUGUGUGUGUGUGUGUGUACGUUAGUACGACUGUGAACUUUCUACAUGUUGAUUUGAACCUGACUCCACGGCUCCUCCUCCCAGUCAAUGUCACUCUCCCAGUUUGGUUCAGUGCCUUUUCUCUCAGACACU